CAGAAGUCGGGGCUGAUGGAUUCCUAAUGGACUCUGCUAAACUAUUCGGCACAGGACCGAAGCCCGAAGGAAAGAACUUGAGAAGAGAAGGGGAAAGGGAGGAAAGCGAUCCCGCGAGAACAUGGUAAUCUCGGGGCGGGAGGCGCGCGUGCCCCGUCUCCUAGCAACGGAGCCCCGGCGCUUCUCCGGGAAGACAUGGAGUAUUGCGGGAACCGGGCUGCGGGCGAGCAGCAGCAGCCGCGGCGGUUCACCAUUGCUGAUCUCAAACACCAGGCUGCGGAGUAUUACCGCAGCAACGAAGUGCCGCAGCGCCUGGAGGAGGUGCUCAACGCUAUGUUCUACCAGCGCCCAGAGGACUUCUACGGGCACCUGGCAAACUACUUCUCUGAAUUAUCAAAGCCUCCAGUGAUAACCAAGUUAGUUGGGAGAAAGGUGCUUGAUGGGAUUGGUCGGCCAACGUUAGAAGUGGAAGUGUCAUGCCGAGUUAGGAACUGUGUCAAGAGGAUUUGUUCCAGCGUGAUCUCUUCUCAUGCUGAAAUUCUUGAAAAUGCUUCACCAGAAGCAAUUGAUGCUGAUGAAAGGGAAAGAGAGGAAUCUAUAAAGAUAGCAAUUGAAUGGAUAAAUGAAUCACUGAAUGAAAUGUUCAGAGGCCUUCAACCUACUGACCAGCAUAAAGCUGAUGAACUUCUAGGUGAAUAUUUUGCAAAGAAAGCAGAAGAAGAUGAAGAAAGAAGGGAAGCUGAAAAGGAGAAAGAAAAAGAAAUCCAGGAAGCAGAGGCUUCUGCUGCUUCAGCUGCUCCAGCUCCCUCUGGGAAAAAAAAGCCAAACAAAGCAGGAAAGAAGUUUUCUGUGCUGGAGAAGCCCAUCCCUCCUGCAGAACCCACGGAACCUGUAGUUAUGGGUAGUAUGGCUAUUGGGUGUACAUCUCUUGCUUUUGCAAAGACCUCUGCGACUCUUCAUGACAUGCCUUUGUACUUACAUAUCGCUUUGCUGAAACAUGAUCAGGAAUCUCCUAAAGAACUGGCUUUGCCACUUCCAAUGGCAACAGUUUUGAGUUGUGGAAAAUCAUCACCUGGAAAACUGAAUCUAUUGAAAGAAGUGAUGGUUAUACCUCCACACUGGUUACCGGUUAAACAGGGUGUAGAAAGAUGUGUGGAUAUUCAGAGAGAAGUAAUGAAGUUGCUGAGUCAAACUACUAACAUGCCUAGUUCUAUGGGAGAAGGUAAAAAGACUUCACGGGAUGCUGCAAAAAAAGCUCCGUCUCCUGUUCUUAAGAAGAUGUCUCACUUAGGCUGCCUGGUAACAGGGUUUGAAAGUCUUGAACAACCUUUGGCUUUGAUCCAGUCUGCUUGUACACACCUUUCCUUGGAACUAGGAAUAGAUGUAUACUUGGGAAUAAAUUGUGCUGCUCAUGAACUAAUCGACUUUUCCAAGGGAAAAUAUGAAGUAAUACUUGGAACGCUCAAGAGCCCUGAUGAAAUGGUGGAUGUGUAUGUGGACCUAAUUCGUAAAUUCCCAUCUAUUAUGACAUUAAUAGAUCCACUGAGGAAAGAGGACCGGCAGCAGUGGAUCACAUUACGCAACACGUUGGGAUCUAAAUGUUAUAUUUUUGCAGAAGAAUUGUGCAAGAGUGUAUCUAAACUUAUGGAGAACCACAACAUACCAAAAUGCAGUGGUCUUGUCCUAAAAUAUACCAAUGAAGCUAAAAUUUCUGACCUCUGUAAAAUAACUCAGCUUUUAGAUGGUCGAAAGCGUAUUUCCAUUUUAGGCAGUCCAGAUGGAGAGACUUCUGAUGACAGUCUUGUAGACCUGGCUGUUGGACUGAGAACUAGGUUCAUCAAGUUGGGAGGUCUUUCACGUGGCGAGAGGGUGGCCAAAUACAACCGUCUUCUUGCAAUAGAGGAAGAACUUGGCAAGAAUGGAAGACUUGGUGAAAGAGAGGAUCAUGAAUUUGUUGAUUAUACUGAAGAGGAAGAAGAGGAGGAGGAGGAAGAACUUGAGUCUACUGAUAUUACUGCAAGGACAGAGCGCUCUGCUACAUAGAAAGUGAUGUUUCAGACUUGCCGUUUUUUGACCCAGAACCGACCCCUGAAUUCUUCAUUUUGAGGCCAACAACAUCUUCCCACAGCACUACUACAAUGGGGCAACAGUUGGCCCGACACAGUCAGUCCUUUGGUUUUAUUAUCCUUUAAAAUGUUUAUAUUUCUGCUAUCCAUCCUUUAACUCAGCUUAAUGGGAAUUUACCAUAUGGAAUAACAGUUGUUUGUUCUAGAAAGAUAUGACAGCACUCUCUUUGAAUCGGGGAAACAGUGUAGGGCAGAAGGACCACAGAAUCCAUGAGUAAUGCAUGCUUUACUAGUCUGUUAUUCCAUUUAUGAAUGUGUUUUUUUAAUGCAGUGUUCACUUUGGAGUCAUUUUUU